GGCAGUCUCACAUAGAGGAGAGCCAUAUGAACAAAAUAAGCACACAUGAACAGGUUUGAAUUUUGCACUUUUGAGAAUGGCAAAUCCAUUAAUGUUGCUUGUGCUGCUUUUGAUGAUCAGUACAGUGACUCCUCAGAUUUCAGGACCCCUCUACCCAAUUGUUGGAACAACAAGCGCUCGGUCAGACGAUGGAAGUUCUCCUCAAAUUAUGCUGCAACGACCUUUUGUUUACUUCGGACAGUCCUAUAAUCAGAUUUAUGUGAACCACAAUGGACACCUGACCUUCAGUGCACCAUGGUAUAGUUACGUACCUCAAAGGUUUCCAAUGUAUGGAUCCAGAGACAUCAUUGCCCCAUUCUGGACAGAUUUAGACAACAGAGGAAAUGGUCAGAUCUACUACAACCAAUACACCAAUGGCAGUGUUCUCCAACAAGCUACUCAAGACAUUAAUGAGUACUUCCCAGAGUUGAACUUCAAUGCUGCCUGGGUGUUUGUUGCAACAUGGUAUGAGGUGGCCUAUUACCCAAUGACUGGAACACAAACAACCAUUCAAGCAGUCUUGAUCUCUGGUGGCCAGUACUCAUUUGUACUAAUGAACUAUGGGAUAAUAGCUUCAACAACUCGCAGUAUACAGGCAGGAUAUGACACGGUCAACUCUGCUCACCAUUUCACAAUCCCUGCAUCAGUCUCAAGCAAUGCAACAGGCAGUAACUCAAAUUUCAGCCUGAGCAGCAAUGUCAAUGUACCUGGACGCUGGGCUUUCCGGACAGACCAUGGAUCAAGAGGCUGCACUUUUAAUGGUGAACAAGUUCAGCUUGGUGACUCAUUCUGGAGGGACAGUAGCUGUGCACAGAAGUGCACCUGCACCUCAGCAGGCCUGCAAUGUCACAACCAACCCUGCUCCUUUUCCCAAAUCUGCCGGAGAGGGACCUUUCAGUUCUCCUGCCAGACAGUGCAGAGACGCACCUGCACCAUAAGUGGUGAUCCACAUUACUAUACCUUCGAUGGCACAGUGUUUCACUUUCAGGGCACCUGCACUUACGUUCUCUCAGAGCAAUGUGGUCGAGAACUGCCAUACUAUAGAGUAGAGGGCAAAAACGAGCACCGAGGCAGCACUCAAGUUUCCUGGACACGACUGGUCAAAGUGUUUGUCUACAAUGAAACCAUCGAGCUUGUCAAGGGACGUCGUGGUGAGGCUAAGAUUAAUGGAAACUUUGUAGCCACUCCCAUCUCCCUAAGCAAUGGAACAGUCCAGAUUUAUGAGUCAGGUUUUUCUGUAAUUGUCAGUACUGACUUUGGCUUGGAGGUGUCCUAUGAUGCCUACCAUUAUGUCAGGAUCAGUGUGCCCUACACUUACCAGAAUGCAACGUGUGGCCUGUGUGGAAACUUCAACAAUCACCCUGGGGAUGACUUCCGAACCCGCCAGGGUGAGGUCGUGAGCUCUGAUGUGGUGUUUGCCAAUAGUUGGCAAGCAUCAGGGGACGAUGAGCCUGGUUGUGAAGUGCAUUGUGGAGGUCUCGACUGCGCUGCCUGCAGUGUGGACCAGACAGCUUUAUACAGCAGUACUGAACAUUGUGGUAUCCUCCAGAACAAUUCUGGACCUUUUGCUGCUUGCCAUCAACGACUUCCCCCACAGGACUUUGUGGAGAGCUGUGUGUAUGAUCUGUGUGUAGGAGGAGGAUACCAGCCCAUUCUGUGCCAAGCCCUAAAUGCAUAUGCCAGUCAGUGUCAACAGAAUGGUAUACAGCUGCCAAGCUGGAGGAGACAAGGCUUCUGUGAAAUCCCCUGCCCAUCCAACAGCCACUUUGAGUCCCAAGGCACAGGAUGUCCAGCUACCUGUGUCAAUCCCAAUUCUACCUUGAACUGCCCUCUCCCUGCCCAGGAGAGCUGCAUCUGCAAUUCAGGCUACAUCCUUAGUGCUGGGGUCUGCGUCCCCCAUGCUGAUUGUGGCUGUAGCUUUGAGGGUCGCUACUACCGCUCUGGAGAUACCGUAAUACUAGAUGAGGACUGUGGGAGACGUUGUAGCUGCAGUUUUGGCUCCAUGACAUGUCGCUCCCAUGGUUGUGGCCCACUAGAGUCUUGCAGGGUGGCGGAAGGAGAAAGAGGAUGCAGACCUAACAGCUAUGCAACAUGUUGGAUAAGGGGCCCAGGGUCAUAUCAUACAUUUGAUGGACUGACAUACCGGUAUCCAGGGGCAUGUCGCUUGACUCUUGCCAAAGUAAUGGGAUUGUCUAGUCACCCACACUUUAUGGUGACAGCAGAAAAAGUGCCCAGAGGCCAGCAGGGCUUUGCCAGGGUGCUAAGGUUUGAGGCAGAGGGAACACAAGUCUCCAUGGAAAUGACGGGUAGCGGCAUAGUUCAGGUUGACGGUCAGCGGAUCCGACUACCAUUCAGCUCAGCAUCCAGUCGACUCCAAAUCUACCACAGCAGCAUUCGCAGUAUCAUGCUUCGCACCUCCUUUGGUGUAACUGUGCAGACAGUAUGGCCUCACUUUGUGCGUGUCACUGCACCUGGUAUCUACAAUGGAUCACUAGGUGGACUCUGUGGUAAUUACAAUGGUCACCCACAUGACGACUUCCGCACACCCAACGGCAUCCUGGUCAACAGCUCUCAGUCCUUUGGGGACAGUUGGCGAGAUGGUUCCCUCGCUGCACACUGUGUGGACAGUGAAAAUGACCACUCUAACACAAAUAACAACUCUAGUGAGGACUGUGGUAUUCUUAACUCACCACAUGGACCAUUUGCUCAGUGUUGGUCCAUGGUCAACCCACAGCAGCAUGUGAAUUCAUGUGUGGAAAUCAUUAGGGCCUCUAGAGAUCCAGCAUCAGCACUGUGUGAGGUCCUACGAGAUUAUGCACUAAUGUGUCAACAGAGGGGUGUUGCACUAACACACUGGAGGAAUGCAACUGACUGUGAGCAAAACUGCCCUCUUAACAGCCAUUAUGAACUCUGUGGAAGCUCUUGUCCUGCCGCCUGCCCCAGCCUUGCCUUCCCCUUCUCCUGUGACACUGCAUGUCAGGAUGGCUGCCAGUGUGAUGAUGGUUUUGUCCUCAAUGGCAACCAGUGUGUACGACCCACAGCUUGUGGAUGCUAUCACCAAGGCCGGUAUCGUUCAGGUGGUGAACAGUUCUGGGAUGGCGAGGAAUGUCAGAGUUUGUGUACGUGUGAUGGCACUACGGGGGUAGUUCACUGUAUCCCCAACUCCUGUGGACCCCAGGAGUCCUGCCGUGUGGUAGAAGGAGAGUUUGGUUGCCAUCCCAACCCUCACGGCACCUGCUCUGCCUCUGGUGACCCCCACUACCUCACCUUUGAUGGCAAGGCGUAUGACUUCCAGGGUACCUGCCGCUAUGUUCUGGCGACACUUUGUAAUGCUACUGAUGGUCUCCACCAAUUUUCAGUGGAAGCUAAGAAUGAGCCAUGGAAUGGAUUGCCAGUUUCAAUCACAGCUGAAGUUUUUGUGAAUGUGUGGGGCUAUCGAGUGCGUAUGUCAGGAGACAGUAGGGGUAUGGUAGAGGUAAAUGGAAUAACAAAAAAUCUACCAGUUCUCUUGAAUGGAAGUCGUGUAUCUAUCUAUGCAAGUGGACCUCGCACAUUUGUCAGUGCUGAUUUUGGCCUGACUGUCACAUAUGAUGGAUGGAGUACAGUGUCUAUCUCUGUUCCUUCAAAUUACAGUGGACAAACAUGUGGACUUUGUGGAAACUUCAAUGGAAAUUCAACUGAUGAGUUUCACACCCCAUCUGGAAUGAUGGUCACCACUUCACAUGAGUUUGGGACAGCUUGGAAGGUGGCAGGAAACUACACCUGCGGUGAUGGGUGUGGCUCCUCCUGCCCACGAUGUACCAAUGAGCUCCCUGCUAGAGCUCAGUGUGAGGUGAUUCAGGCAGCCGACGGCCCCUUAAGCUUCUGCCAUGAGCAGGUGGACCCAGCACCGUAUUUCAGUGACUGUGUGUUUGAUGUUUGUGUGUCUGGGAAUCGAGGCCAAGAUCUUCUGUGCAGGGCCAUUCAGACAUAUGUCAGUGCCUGUCAGUCUGCUAAUGUUCGAAUUUACCCUUGGAGACAGAACACCACCUGCAGACUUGAGUGUCAAGCCAACAGCCAUUAUGAGCUGUGUGGUACUGACUGUGGCCACACCUGUGCCAGCAGCAUUGAUGCCAUCUGUGAGCAGGUUUGCUCUGAGGGAUGUUUCUGUGAUGAAGGCUUCGUCAGGAGUGGGACGAGAUGUGUCCAUGUGGAAAGCUGUGGCUGCCAAUAUGAUGGAUCCUACUACAAUGCUGGUGAGUCCUUCUGGACAGAAGGUUGCUCCCAGCGAUGUGAGUGCCAUGCUCCCAAUGACCUGCGCUGUUCUGCUGCAUCUUGCACUCCUGCACAAGAGUGCACCAUUAAAAAUGGCCAGCUCGGCUGUUUUGAUGCAAUGUCUACCUGCACUGUGUGGGGGGAUCCCCAUUACAUCACCUUUGAUGGGGCAUUGGCUCAUUUCCAGGGCACAUGCUCUUACAUCAUUAGUGAGAGUGUGAGCCACGGCACCAAUGAAACCCAGUUUCAGGUAGCAGCCACUAAUAAUCACCGUGGCAACAACCGUGUGUCGUUUGUAUCAGCAGUGGAUGUAUACCUCUCAAAUCAACCAGAGAGAGUAAACAUCAGGAUUGGACCCAACAAAAGAAUAAUGGUAAAUGGAAGUGAGGUGUCUCUUCCCACCACCGCAGGAACUUUAGCUCAGGUGAUAAGGCAGGGAAGCUACAUAGUGGUCGAUGCCAUCGACUUGAUAGUCCAGUUUGACGGUUUGAGUACUUUACUAGUCAGAGUAGGCCAAAACCGUGAAAACAGAGUCACAGGGAUGUGUGGAAACUUCAACAAUGACCCUGGAGAUGACAAAGUCUUGCCCAAUGGCACACUGGCACAAAAUGACAAUAACUUUGGAGACAGCUGGAAGGCACCUACAAGCAAACCAGGAUGUGGAUCCACCGAUGAAAGGAGUGGUGAUGGACUCAAUGACUGUCCCUUUAUGGAAGAAUACUCUGAGCUCUGUAGUGUCAUCACCAACACUAGCGGCCCAUUCAGUGCCUGUCAGCUUCACUCUGACCCCCAGCCAUUUUUCACUUCCUGUGUCUACGAUCUCUGCCUCUACACUCCAGCCAAUGGCAUGCUGUGCUCUGCUGUCUCAGCCUAUGAGAGAACCUGCUCUGUGCUGGGGUUGAACAUCCCACAGUGGCGCUCGGCUUUGCAAUGUGCUGAGUCAGACCCCUGUGAACAGCUGGACUGCACAGAGUAUGAGUGGUGUGGUGAAAAAGACGGUGUUUACGGCUGCUUCUGUGAUGAGCACCACCAUCGGCCCAACAAUGAGAGUUAUGACUCGGCCAUCACUUGUGCCAGUAGUUCAGGCACCAUGUCAGUAUCGCGCUGCCAGCUGUUUGAGGCUGGCUUCCACUCUAGUGCCCUGCAUCUCCGUGAAGACUCCUGCAAUGGGACUCUCCAGGACGGACGACUGAUCUUCCACUUUAACAAUGACGACCACUUGUGUGGGACUGCUCUCAGGAGCAACGGAACUCAUUUCAUCUAUGAGAACACCAUCCAGGGUGACGUGGACCCCCAUGAAGGGCUAAUCAGCCGCCAGAGGAACAUUCAUCUGCGUUUCUGCUGUGAAUACCCUCUGGCCCAGGCCCUGUCCAUGUCUGUGGGCAUCAACCCUGUAGAGAGCGUUGUGAGGAAGAAGCUUCCAUCUGGCCGUGGACAGUACCAUAUGAGAAUGAUACCCUACCAGGACGCUGGCUUCCGUUUCCCCCUGACCAGUAACAGCAACAUCGAAAUGGAAAUUGACCAGAGGUUGUAUGUGGAGGUGCGAACAGAAGGAGUCGAUGAAAGGCAGAUUUCCACCAUUCUGGACUCUUGUUGGGCCACACCAGUCAACAUCGCUGGCUACCCUGUCCGCUGGGAUCUCAUUAAUGCAGAGUGUCCUAAUCCAGCAGAUGAUACAGUAGAGCUGGUUCAGAAUGGUAUCUCUACUGUGGCCCGAUUCUCAUUCAGGAUGUUCACCUUUACCAACUUUUCAUCCAUCUACCUGCACUGCCAGGUCCACCUGUGCCUUCUGAAACACAACAACUGCUCCGCUCAUUGCUACCCAGGUUACCACAUGCGAAUUAAGAGGGAUGUAUCCUACCAUGCUGCUACAGACAUCUCACUAGGACCACUAGUCCUGAGACAAGAUAGCCCAGAUGGAAGGAUGGAAACGAGCAGUGCUACAGGCCAGUUGACCUCUGUAGUGACUCUGCUAGUCAGUUUGCUGGCUGCCAAAAUGCUGACCUAGAGAGAUUGGAAAGGCACAAAACAGUAAACAGAUGAAUAUACACAUAUUACUCCGGAACAUAUUAAUCAGUCAGUAGUAGAUAAAUCAAUGGGCAUAGAUUUUAGAAUGGUCAGUAAUCUUUCUGUGUUGUGAUCAAAUAAAAAGUUGAAUGAGAUACCCUUUUUGUUAUGUGAAGGCUGGAAAAAUGUGUAGAUAUUACAGAAUAAUUGGAAAUAUAUCCUCUACUUUGCUUUUUAUUUGUGUUCCUCCCUAAGAGGCUUUGUUUAAAGUCGUAAAAUCUCUGAACUCCCUUGCCUUUGUUAUGAUUUUUACUGAUUUUUUUCUACAUUAUUCUUAUAUCCUUGUACCUUAUUUGUGGUGAUUAAUAGCAUUAGAUAUCUGUCAUAUAAGAAUAAUAAUUGUAUAAUAAAGGUUAAAAGGUGAGGUGAUUUCA